CUCCCACUAUCCCUCCUCUAUUUUAAGCUCAUGCCAGUAGGCGUUUGAUUUAGUAUACGUUUAGAUGCGUGUGUGUAAGUGUGCGCGUGUCUGUAACUAAUUACUAACUUGUGUGUACGUGUGUGUUUGUGUGUUUGUGUGCUAGUUCAUGUGUCGAUAAUGUUAACAGAGCCCCGCCACGGUGAGUGUACAUACGUCACCAAAUGCAAAAAGCUACGAUUAACAAACAUAUCAGAUCUAGUAAUCUGCGGUAACAGCUGGAUUCUGCAAAACUGUAAACACUCGGCCAAACAGGCCAUGCAAGUCAGUGAAUGCACAAUCGAUAGAUUUUUGCCUGAACAGAAGACAUUUUAAAAGACGUAAAGUAACACUGGAGAAAAACGUUUUCCUUAGUUUCACCCAUUCCGUCCACCGACAUUUAUCAGUGAACGAAAAUUUUCUAAAGAUGGAUCUUCACUUUUCGCCACUCUUUUGAAACAAAGAGUAAAUUACACAGGAAAUGAAUCAGCAUUUUUUUUUUGUUUUGAAACAGCGCGAUGUUCUGGUAAACAAUGAACGGUGUUGAAGAGCAGAAACAUCAAAGUUGUAGUUGAGAAAAAAGUUAGCUGUCAUGGCAGACUGGAAGCCAUCUGAAUAUUGGAAAAGAGUCACCUGUGUCACGAUGAAUCGCGCCGGGUAUCAAAAUACCGACAUUCAUGACCACCACUCGGUGCUUUGUGAAUACGGUAAAGGCUGUAAGAUUGGAUUUGACAUGUAACGGCUGUUAUGGAAAUGGUACCAUAAUCAGUGGGUACAGAAUUGGUUGAAUUGUAUUUGCACGGUUUCAAAAUUCAGAGAAUUCACAAUCGAUUGAAGUAAGAACAUAACGAGACGUGUGAGAGAGAAAAAAAAUACUCAAAGAAUUUUAUUUCCCAACUUCACCAAUUCUGUUCACCAACAUUUGGCACAGUUUCUGCGACAGUCUGGAAACGAAGACCAAAUUACAUGGAAUGACUCAACUGGUUCUUAGAUUCUGAUCAAGUAAAAGGUUGUGAAAAUUGUUAAAAAUUGAAAUUUACACAAAAUGUCUAAAUUUACCAGCUGGAUUAAGCGUUAUUAUUCUUGCCGUUGGAGAUUAUGUUAUGCCUCUACUGCAGCAUUUCUCGUUAUGCAAACAUUGAGAGUUGAUCUAAGCAUGGCAUUUGUGUGUAUGUUGAAAACGCCCAAUCGUACAAACGAGGAAGUUAGCAUUACUGCAAACAACCAAGAAUGUUCCGGUUCAGGUAAUCAUUCAAUAAAUCAAAAUUUUAAAGGAGAAUUCGAAUGGAGCGAAACGUUACAAUCGAACAUGCUGGCUGGGUACUUCUAUGGAUACGUAAUAACAAACAUUCUAGGUGGUAUAUUGGCUGAUAAAUACGGUGGGAAAAGAGUUGUUGCAGGUGCAAUAAUUUCAGCAGGCAUUCUUACCAUUCUUCAUCCAUGUUUAACUCGAAUUAGUGGUUACAUUACGCUUGUUUUCAGAAUAUUAACAGGUUUGUUAUCAGGACCGAUAGUCCCAGCAAUUCAGUCUUUAUAUGGCCGUUGGGCGCCUCCGCAAGAAAUUAGUUUAUUGGUUGGGCUUACAUUUGCAGGUCAGAUUCUAGGCAAUAUUGUAGGACUUUCAAUAUCAGGUUUUCUUUGUGUUUAUGGAUUUGAUAAUGGAUGGGGUUCUAUAUUCUAUGUAUUCGGUGUAUUAUCGUUGGUGUUUAGUUGUGUGUGGCUUUAUGUUGUUUAUGACACUCCAGAUGACCAUCCAACCAUUAGCGAAAAAGAACUCUCUUAUUUAAACAGAACAAUAAUAAGUAAAAAUGUAGUUAAAACAGUGCCAUGGAAACGACUCCUUUCUUCGCCUGCAGUUUGGGCCAUUUGCAUUGCUUGGUUUGCUCAUAGCUGGACUGAUUUGUCUUUCCAGGUGUUGCUACCUCUGUAUAUGAAAGAAGCCUUAAACGUUAAUACGACCUCUAAUGGUUUAAUGUCAUCUGCUCCUUCGGUUGGACAAAUCAUUGCCCUACCCCUGUGUGGGAACUUGGCUGAUUUUAUACGUUUAAAGAAAUAUAUGUCAACCCGUUCUGUUCGCGUUUUAUUCCAGACCUUCGCGCUGAUUGCUUCAGCAUGUCUAUUGAUUGCCGUAGGAUUCCUCAGAUGCGACCAAACCAUUCCAAUAAUUAUGCUCCUGUUUCUCAUUGGUAUAACUCUGUCAUUUUCCAGUGGUGGUGUUAUCGUCAACAACAAUGAUAUUGCUCCAAGUUAUACCGGGAUUGUAUUUGGCAUUGCUAAUUCUUUCGCAACAACGUCUGGUGGUAUCAGUUCCUUAACUACAAAAGCUCUCACCCCAAACGGUACACAACAAGAAUGGCAGAUUGUGUUGGCCUUGUGUGCCGCUAUAUGUGUAGUCGGUGCAAUAUUGUACGCAAUAUUGGCAAAGGGAGAAACCGAAAAGUGGGCGAUUCCGAAAGACUUAGCUUUAUCUGUUCCUCUGAACGAUAUAAACACAAAUAAAACGGUUUAACUCGUUUUACUGAAAUCUUAGCGAGAUUAAACCUGACAAGAUCUUACAUUUAUUUACACCGGUGUUUGUGUCAUGUAAGUAUGUAUAUAUAUAUCUGUUAAGUAAACAUUGUAGCUAUACAAUGACCAUUAAUAUAUUUUAUUAAAAAUAUCACAGAGCUAAAUCGCCGAACACAUAGGUUUCGGUAACUAUUUUCCUCUCUCAAAUAUAUUGACAUACCAAAGGCGGUGAGCUGGCAGAAACGUUAGCGCGCCGGGCGAAAUGCUUAGCGGUAUUUCGUCUGUCGUUACGUUCUGAGUUCAAAUUCCGCCGAGGUCGACUUUGCCUUUCAUCCUUUCGGGGUCGAUAAAUAAAGUACCAGUUUCGCACUGGGUCGAUGUAAUCGACUUAAUCCGUCUGUAGUUAUCUAUAGUUAUGUUUUUAUUCAUGUAACAAAAAUAUCUUUAAAUGAUUAUUCCGGAGCAUAUUCACCAUCUACUUCAAUUACUGCUUCCCAUUUGCUUGGCAGACGGUGAGACCAUCAUUUAAAGAUGUUUUUGUUAAAUAUUGUUAUCGUUUUUGUUGAAUAAAAUUUGCUGAAAUAAAAAGCUGCAAUAAUUAUGCACCAACCCAAUAGUUGUUAUUAUUGUUGUAGUAUCAAUCGUGGUGAUGGCGGCAGCGGUAGUACAAGAGGUCAUCUUCAUUAUAGAAGUAGUAUUAGUGGUA